AUGAAUUCUCCCCCUAAUAAUGCCAUUGAAGACACACUCGCUAUUAAAGUAGAGUUUGCAGAUCAAGAUUGGUCUACAGUCCCUUCAACUCCUAAAAUUGUUUUGUGCAAACAGGAAAAUAUUUCAGCCUACUUGAAAAAGGAAAGCGAUAUAGGAAAGUUGAUAUCAGAACUAUCAGAAGCGUUUUCAAUAGCAGUACAAAGUAUUGCAGUAAAUGAGGGAACUAAUCAUAUUAAGACUGAGAACUCUAGUUCCGUAGGAGAGAGUCCCUCUGGACUAGAAACAGUUUCUGAAUCAUCAAGGGCAGCCUCUAUAAGGGAAACCAAUGAAGUUACAUCACAAAAAGCGACAGUAGCACAGUGUACAGUCCCUUCCUCUUCUGCAAACAGAAAAAUUAAGAAGGAAAAUGCCUCGGGGAUUUCAAUGGCUGCUAGUUCAGAGAAUUUGAUACCACAUGCACCGGCAAAGAAGAAUGUUCAAACUCCCAAACUAUCUCAUGCUAUAGGGAAAAAAACUGUUUUCCCUAACUGUAAAGUCCAGUUAACAACAGCUUCAAGAAAAAAGAGAGCCAAGCUAAUGGCUCAUGGGAUUCCUGAACAGAUAGCCACUAACCUGUGCGUAUUGCCCUUGCCUGAUAUUCUUGCGAGGAUACCCUCAUUAAAAGCGGAGUACCCAUAUAUACCAGCUGAACAGAUAUCCAAACAGGUAUUGCUAUUGCAGACCCCUGCAGUUAAUGCUCCGAAGACCGAAAUCGACGUAGAUAAACCUAACCCCAUCGACACUGCAUCUUUGCGCGUAGGAAUUCGGAACUCUGAACCCAUGAAUAAAGAACAAAUGACAAAGGUCCAUCGUCAUCUGAUUCUAGCUAUCGCUGAACAGUGGAAGGACGGCGGUGGGCCAGAAUUUUUGGAAUUUAAGCACAUGGACGCCUGGAUCAUGGUAACUUGCGUAGAUCAGCGUAGUAAAGCUUGGCUCUUAGAUGAAUUACAGUAUCUAGAGCCCUGGCCGGAUGCGCAACUCUCGAUUGUGCCAGAGCGAAAAUUGCCGAAACUAAAUACAGCAAAAAUUAUGGCGUUCAUCCCCGAGUCAGAGGCAACUUCUGUCCAAGAAGCUCUGGAACUUCUCAAAGCACAGAAUAAGGGUCUCAACACUGAGCAAUGGACGCUAGUUGAUAAGAAGUUAGAAAGUGGGAAGAAUUGGACUGUAAUAUUCAUCAUUGACGAGGCAUCGCUUAAGACACUGAAAGCCCAGGAGUGUCGGGCUGCUAUAGGCUUUACAACAAUGAAUUUUCAAAUCAUUCCAGAAUCACCCCCAACGAUAGGUUAUAUAAAACAUAUGCUUCAAGAUGCCAAAAACAGGAUUGAAGAAAUGAAACAAAAGAGACUUUCUGAUAGAAGAUCUAGAUGGGGCCGAUGGGAUGAGCCGCCAGGCAUACUCGAACUACAGACGAUGUUAGAAGCUAAGAACAGGAAUACAGUUCAACCGAUCACCAAGGACUUACGCCGAAGGGAAGAGACUUCAACGUCAGCUACAGCUCAAGUCUUUAGUGCCCCUACUACGGUUGCCCUGGACAGAAAUGUAACAGGAGGCAUUACAGUAAUACAACAAAACUUUCCUGCAUUACCAGCUCCAGGUAAUCUCGGUGGAUUCACAAAUGGAAGAAAUCCACAUAUGAUGCCUCAUAGUAUGGAAAUUCCAGGCUUUGAUAUCCCAAAUGCGGCUGCUCUAGGUCGAAUUGGGACAGGAGGUGUUACAAUCACAGUACCACAGCAAAAUGUCUUUACUGCAGGAAGCGAAGUAGGAACUAAUCUCGGCGCAUUUUCUGGCCAGGUAACUGGAAGAAAUCCAAAUAUGGUGUCUCAUAGUAUGGAAAUACCAGGCUUUGGUGUGCCCAAUGCGACUACCCUGAGUGGUAUUGGAACAGGAGGAGUCAGAGUACCACAGCAAAAUGGCUUUACUGUAGGAAGCGAAAUAGGAACUAACCUAAACGCAUUAUCUGCCCAGGUAACUGGAAGAAAUCUAACUAUGAUGCCUCCUAAUACGGUAAUUCCAGGCUUCGGUGUUCCCAAUGCAGCUACCAUGGGAGUAAGCAGGACAGGAGGCAUCGCAGGAACACAACAAAAUGUCUUUUCCGCUCCCACUAGCGGCGCUAGCCAAACGCAAGAAAUGGACUACUUUCUAGGCCCUGGUGGAGGCUCGCAGUUUGUUCAGAAUCAAACGAUGAGUCAAAACUCUGUCAACUAUGGUGGCAUGCCAUUAGGCCAAAACAUGAGUAUAGGAGUAGGGGAUGCAGCUUAUCAACAGAAUAUAGCCCUUGCAACGAUGUACCCAUACUCAAAUCCACCGUACUAUAUGAAUUGUUACCAAGAUUCCCAAGCUGCGAUGUCUAUGGUUAGCCAGGAUAGUGGUCAGCAAGGCCCAGUCGCUCAAAUAUCGAGGAACAAUAAUGUAUCCGAAAGGAGCAGGGACUCCAGUCCAACUAAAGAACUUUCUGAAGAGGGAUACAGAUCCUGGAUCAUGGAGGAAACCAAAAGAUUUGCAUCAAGUUUGGAAGACCACAGCUCGUUUGCCUCUACAGGAGCAUUGUCACCAACACCAUCACCACCACCACCACCAGUUAUAAGCAAUUAUUGUGCCCCAAUGGACCAAGAUCCUGAUCGCGAGUCUCCAUUUCAUCAGGAUAGUAGGGCAACAUACCAAGACAUGCAUUCAAGAUCAUAUAUGGAACGGCUAUCUCCUCAAGCUAGGGAUAGAGACUCUCCUAAUCAUAGAAGGCGUUCGUAUGAUCGAGAUAGUAUUUCAGGAUUCGAUAGGCGACAGUCGCCUCAAGGUGAGAGUGAUAGAGAAUCGGAUAUGGAGGAUUAUGAAAGUUACAAAAGAAGCCAGAGCAUUAGAGAAAGAAAAGAGUUACAGGUCAGACCCUCAAAUGAGCUUAGAUCGCCGGAGAGACGAAGUGGUUGUAGACCCCAAAAUACCGAGGACUCGGAAAGCUAUGAAAGUAGCUGGCGUAGUACGGAGAAGAGGAGCAAUCGGGACGUACCUUCAAGACCAAAUAGGGGAUCGCCGCAACCAAGGAGUGAUUAUGUAGACAGAGAGAUUAUGGACACUAUAUGGAGCAGUAUAGAGGAAAGGAGUGAUCAGGGCAGAGCCUUAAGACCAGACAGAAGGUCACCGCAACCAAGGAUAGAUAGACCCUGGAAUAUCGAGGGCUCUGAGUCUGAAACCAAUGAAAGGACCUGGAGUAGUAGAGAGAAAAGAGAUGAUUUAGAUGGAUCUUUAAGACCCGAAAGAAGAUCACCACAACCAAUGAAAGAUUAUAUACUCCGGAAUAUCGAAGGCUCUGAAAAUAAUAAAAGGAGCCGGUGGAGUAGAGAGGACACAGAUACUUUGAACAAAUCCUUGAAAUCCGAAAGAUUACAACCAAUGAAUGAUUAUAGGCUCCGGAAUAUUGAAGACUCAGAAACUAAUGAAAGGAACCGGAGUAGUAGGGAGGAAAAAGAUCUGGACAUAUCCUUAAGACCCGAUAGACAAUCACCGCAACGAAGGAUAGAU